AAUCAUUCAGGUAAAUUCCUGAUUUUGUAAUAAUUUUCUCAUAUCAUCCGGUUUGCAUAUAAUUAGUCAUUGUUAAGGUAAUUAGACUGUAUGGUAUAUAAUAAGGCAGUUAUCUUUUGUUUUAUCAUCAUUUAACAUUCAAACCAAGUGCAAACAACUCCAACCGCAACACAAAAUGGGUCCAAGAUACUGGAUCGCCCUCGGUUUGGUCUGCGCAUGCGCACAAGUUGAAGCAAAAACAUCAUCUGUCACACCAAAUUCUACGACAACUGAAUCGUCUCCGACUGAGCCUGACAUCGCUAUCGUUAAAUCGUCCGAUCUUUUAAACACAGUAGUGUUUAAGUGCGGAGAAUUCAUAUACGGAUCCGAUGUGAACACAGUAUUUCCUCCAUCAGAUAGCAUAGUACAUAUACUAGAUGAUAAUGCAACUUUGGCGAAGGCUAGCUUCGAUGGUGGUGUCGACCUGUUUUGUGAGAAGAUUGAUAAGUACACUCGCUGUGUCAAACAUUUUAAUGAGGUUGGAUGCACGCCGGAGGAAGAGUAUGUCAGACGGUACAUCGAUAUGGACCAAUUUGGAUCAGCUCUCGCUUCAUACUGUAUGAAUAAAGACCUUGUGAAAAGUCAAUUUUUUUGCACGUUGGAGACGGUCAGAAAAGGAGAUAUUCCGUGUAAGUUUGGUGGAAUUCAAGGACUUAUUAAAGGAAUUUUGCUUACAACGACACAGAACGUCAACAAAGACGUUUAUUGUAAUUACAGAGAGGCGACGUUACGUUGCAGACAAGCUCAGCUUGUAGGCUGUGACGUCACCUAUUCCGAAGUUAUGACGAAAGUCUUAACGUCUCUUACAGCUAAACAUUGUACAAUAUAGAAAACAGAAUUAAUAUAACACUUUUCAUAGCUAUCAUAACUUACUUAUCUGAUUACCAAUUACUAAGAAUAAUACAAAUCUUAUUUCUGUAAUGCCUUUUAAAGUACAAUACAAUUGGUUGUAAUUGCUUCUAUCUAUCAAUUAAUUUGAGCUAUCAUCUUGUAAUUUGAAUACAAAAUGUAAUUAUGAUGAAAUAAAUGAAACUGUAGAAACUCUUGUUU